AUGGGUCAAUAUGCGCUGUAUCUGGCUAUGUGUGUGACGACCCGUCAUGUGGGUGAUAUGCAGCGUUUCCCUUUGGGUUCAGCGUGGAUGGUGCUAUCGAGGCCGUUCGUGGAGUACCUGAUCUGGGGGUGGGACAACCUGCCUCGGACGGUGCUCAUGUACUACGCCAACUUCAUCUCCUCCCCGGAGGGCUACUUCCACACGGUGGCCUGCAACGCUGAAGAGUUCCGGAACACCACCGUGAACCACGACCUGCACUACAUCGCCUGGGACAACCCGCCGAUGCAGCACCCGCACCUGCUCACUCACGCCGACUGGGACGGCAUGCUCGGCAGCGCCGCCCCCUUCGCGCGCAAGUUCCGCCGGAACGACCCCGUCCUCGACAGGAUCGACGCCGAGCUCCUGUCGCGCGGCCCCGGCUCGCUCGCGCCCGGCGGCUGGUGCACCGGGGAGGUGCGGCCUGCGGGGAGCUACAACCGGACCGAAGGCGAGGAUCCGUGCAAGGCUGUCGGGAACGCCGCGGACGUGCGGCCUGGCCCCGGCGCUGAGCGGCUGCGGAGUCUCAUGACGUCGUUGCUGUCGGAGGAGAACUUCCGGCCAAAACAGUGCAUAGUAGUAGAAGAACGCAAUGUUCAGAAGAACAGAACUGAAAUCGAUGGGCGUGCCUGA